CCCUUCUACAACGCGGGUACAUCAGGGAGGUGCUAUAAUAGGUACCUAUCUCAGGGUAGACGGGGAGGAGGGGUAUUGGAACCCGGCAGUGAUGCCUCAGGUACUAGCAUGGGGCAGAUUAGGUACCUGGCGCAAUACGAUACCACCCUGUGGUCUCAUCGUGUCCGCUCCCUGCUGAGUCUCUUCUGCGCGACAUCUCGCAUCCCACCUUCAACUCGUUCCGCACAAUAGGGUAUAUCCGUCGCCUCUCCCCCGCUGCCCUCCCCCAGGCGCCUUUUCGCUACGCGGACACCACCCCUUACGCAUCCGCCGAUAACCACCGCAGCCGACGACCAUGGCCGCCGAGCACGUCAAAGCCACCUACGCCAACUCCUCGACCUCCUCGCCUUCGCCCGCCACCGCCCCCUUCGCCCUGCUCUCCGCGCCCCUCCCCGCCCCCGUCGCCGGCCCCGCCACCGCCUAUCUCGCCGCCCUCCGCAGCGCCGUGGCCGACCUGCAGGAGCGCACCAACGCCGAGCUGACCGCGCGCAUGGGCCACGAGACGACCGCCGCCGCUUCUACCGCUGCUGGUGCCGGCGGUGCCAGCGGGGUCGUCGACGAGGCAGCCGAGGAGAAGAACUACGGCGAGGAGGUUGUCGAGCAGGACGACGAGGUGUAGCUGGAUGCACGUCCGAGCAGGGAAUGGCGUGCGUGUAUGCGCGGCUGGUCGGCGGCACGAGCUCCGUCCGAGACGAUCAUUUUCUUGUCGCUCUCGGCUGGGCUACCAAGCACGGCAGGCGGUGGACUGGAGGCCGGCGCAAAAUUACAGCGGCACAGCCGCCGAAAUGCAUGAAUAUCAAUUUGACUGCUGCGGUCCACACGUUGGCAGGCGAAUGGGAUAUACCCCCAUCACCACUAUCGACAACCACUCCCGCAACAUGUAAUACCCCCCGGCGUCUUAUCUAGGGUAUCCUCACAAUUCCAGAAACAGAAACAUGCCCCGGUUUCAGGGACAUGUAGCGCAACUCCCGGCACGGUCCCUUGCUUCCUCCUGUUCAGCCAAUCUAUCAGGCGGUCUUUGCCAAAAACUCGCUCUGGGCUAGUGCCGGCGUCUGAGAUGGGCGUCAACGCGGGUACAGUCGCUUCCGCAAUU